CAUGUAUGAGUUGUCAGGAAGAAGAUACAAUAAAGGCUUUUAGGCCAGAGCUGAGCAGGCGAGCCAUGGGCGAUAAAUGAUGCCGCUGCGAGAGCGAAGUGUCCACAGGUGACUUACCUGCGCGAACCGGUCGCGUGCCAGAGCUCAAAGUCAUGCAGAAUAAAGUCCUCGUGUCCAGAGCAGUGCGCAAAGAAGCAGGACACGGAUCCGGAAUGGAAGAGUAGCUGAUACAUACACCUGAUCCGUGCAUGCCAUGGGGAACUGCUGGGCUCAAUGUUUUGGGCUCUUUAGAAGGGAAGCAAACAGGAUACAAAGAGGAGGAGGAUCAAAGUACUUCAGAAGCAGCAUAGCUGGGGAACACUAUACCAUUGAGUUUGAAAACCUCGUGGAGAGCGAUGAGGGUGAGAGUUCACAAAGUUGCCCCAGACCCGUGAGUGAAGAGGAGAUUGAUCACUUGAAGGAGCAUCGCUACGCUGCCAUCUCAGACAAACAGGCGCUGAUCGAUGAAAAGCUGAAAGCAGAGUUAGUGGCAGAAGAGGAGAAGUUAAGGCUAGAAGAGGAAGCUGUUUUUGCAGCCCAGCGCGAGGCAGCGCGGCUCGCUAAGGAACAAAAGCUAAAGGAGGGAAAGCAGCCGCUGCAGAGGACCAAACCCAGAUCAGAACCAGAGAGCAAUGACCCUCGGCACAAACCCAAAGCUUCAGAUGCAGAGUUUGAGGUCUACCUGCAGAGUGUGAAGGCUCAGUCUGAAGCGUUUCGCAGUAACAGACUCAGCUCUGAGACUAAUGUGGUGACCCCGAACACAGAGAGCAGCUGGGACUUCACCAGUAAGACUGAUGCCACCUCACUGGACCUGGAGUGGGAGGAUGAGGAGGGAAUGAAUCGGAUGGGUCCUGCAUGGGAGCGUUCCAAAACAGAGGAGGACAUUUUGCGUGCAGCCCUUCGUCCCGGUGGGAAACAGCUGGACAGUGGCCCCACCUCCACCUCGGAGGACUCCAACGCUCUGGAGUGGGAGAACGACUUUGUCAGCGCACAUGCAGAGGACAGCGGUGACCACGGUGAUGAAGACUUUGAGGGAUUUGUUAAUCCAGUAGUGGACACACCCACUGAAGAGGCGGAGCAAAAGGCCAGCUCUGACCAACAGCAGGAGAGAUAGUCUACAGCUAGAGACAGUGAGACUACAGCAACUUCAAAUGCCUCAUUCAGAUUCAGUGUAAUAUGACUACAGACGGUCCAGAUAACCUAAUGCAGAAAACUUAAUUCAUAAUGCAUAACAAGGAACAGAAAUGCCUCAUAUUUUCAACUUGGUCAUGGGUUCAUGAAUGUUUGAAUGCCAUGAAAUUCUGGUCAUGAUGGUUCCCAUAUAUAUAUAUAUAUAUAUAUAUAUAUAUAUAUAUAUACUUUUUAUUUUAUUAUAAUUUCUUUUUUUUUCAUUUGUAUUCUCAUUACUGUAAUGAAGUCAGUGUUUUAAUUUGAGAUUUAUAUUUCAAAUUUUCAGUUAUUUAAUACAAGAGUUUCUUAUUUGUUUUUAAAUUGGCAAAAAAAAAAAUCAUUACAAUACAUUUAAGCAUGAUAUUUCUCAAUUUAAAGGGAUAGUUCUCCCCAAAACAAAAAUUGUUAUCAUUAACUCACCCUCAUGCUGUAACAAACCUGUAAGAGUUUCUUUCUUUUGUUUAAUAGGAAAAAAGAAGGUAUUUAGAAGAAUGUUGCUAACCUGUCAGUUGUUGGUAGCCAUUGAGUUCUAAUAAGAGUUUUAUUUUUUUAUUUUUUUUUAUUUUUUUAUUUUUUAUAUGGCAUAUCAGGUUGACAUUAUGGUAAUAAAAUCUGGGUGGGAAACAAAUUCAGUGGUCCAAAUUUUUAAUUCUUAAAUCUUAAUGGACCUAACCAAAGACUUCAUUUUCUUAAUGCAAGAUCUAAUUUAAUUGGGGAUGAAAUAUGACCUGGUCCUGUUCUUGACCAGAUUUCAUGAGAUUCACUUCAUUAGGUCACCGAUUCAUUAGGAUUUGUGUUCCACAGGUUAAUUUGCUCCUGUGUUGGGUUAUUGGACUCAUCUGUGAUUUUAUUUAUAUUCAUUUCCGUUUGGUAACUGGGUUGAGUUUUUAAAUUAACUCUCGAAAUACUUCAUGUGAUUUAAAAAAAAAAAAAAGAAAAAUAUUUAGUUGAGCCUUAUUUUAGAAGUUUUCAUCGGGGAACUGAAUCAAGUGCAAUUUUAGAAGAUGAGGGAAAUUUCUCAAUAGCCAAUUUUUUUUUUUUUUUUUUUUUUUUUUUUUUUAGAACCAUCCUGUGUUUUUAUUUGUAUGGUUAUUGUGAUGGGUCAUAUCAUGGGCCAUCUCUCAUUUAACGUGUGACUGUCAGGGAAUGAGACACUUGACAGUUUUAAGGGAAAGACCCUUUCUCUAAAGAAAUAUUGCCUCAAGGAUAAAAUGCGUUGGAGCACAUUUAAGUUCCAUAAGUGCUUUUAAAUUGGUCACAUAACUACAUGUCUGCCUGAUGUCUGUGGGUUAAAGGGUUUGUGGUGGAUGCUUCUUGGAAACAGCUAGUAAAUGAGCCUGUUGUUCAUUCUCACAACUGCAUUCUUGGACAAAAUGGGUCUUAAAGAGGGAACAUUCUUUGUGGUGAAACAUAAAUCUUCAUAUGCUACCUCUGGUUUUGAUAAUCCGGAUGUUGUUGAAUGCAUUCAUGCCUAGAAAUGAUCAGUGAUUUGAUUUGGGCAUCCUCCUAAUCUUUCAGGAGCAUGUCCAGGUUGUAUUUAAAAAAAGCAUUUUUUAUUUUUUUUCAGUUGAUUGACAUUAUUUUUUUUUUACUAAGCACAUUUUAUCACCAGUUCUUAUUGCUGUAUUUCCAAAACAUCUUAUUUUAUUUCCUGUAAUGUGAAAAUAAGUCGCUUAAAAUAACACACAAAUAAUCACAGUAGAUAAAAAAAAAAAUGUGUAUAUGAUUAUUAUUAUUAUUUCAUAUAUCGUGGAGGUGAAAUAUAACCUGGACAUGAGGGGAAAAAAAACACUUGUAUUGUAUAUUUAUGGGGAUUUAUGGUAUUCAAUAUUUUUUUUCUAUUUGAUUUUGGGGUUACAUAUGACCUAGACAAUUUUCACUGUUCACACAAAAGCCUAAUAUACAAUGGUUUUAGCUAAAUUAGUUUUGUUAGAAUGAUUCAUAAUUCGGUAAGGAAUCAGCUUUAUGUCAGUCGCUGAAUGCAAAUUGACUCGUCUUCAUCUUGUUUACUACUGUCUGCCGAAUGAACAACCUCAUCCAGUGAUCCCCAUAUUUCCAUCCGAUUGGAGUCUGAAUCCAACCGAAUGCUUUUAAAUAAAUGCUGAUCUUUUAUAUAAUGGAUUGUAAAGCAGAUACUAAAGGCCUUUAUAAGAGCAGUGGAGCCUCGUGUUUGACGAGGCCGAGGUCUGUAAUCUAGUAGUGUUGUCUAGAACAUCAGUGCACAAGAGCUUCUGUACAGCACAAUCAUGUCACGUUAUUUUCUUAUUCUCAAAAGAGAUGUAUCCACGUCAUCUGAAUGUAAAGUACGUGUGAUCAAUGCGGUGUUUUUUCUUUCUGUCUUUUGUGUCGAUCACAUAACUUGUCCUGUUUGAAGAGUUUGGGAGCACAUAUGCAAAGAUAGAUGAAUGUUUGUCCACUGGUCGGAGUUGAACAGGCCCGUAAAUAUCAAUUGUGUGCAAAUGAUGACAUUUGUUUUUGUUGGUGUAUCUAAUUUAAUACAGGGUUAACCGCAGCUUUAACAGAUUCCCAAGUUAACAUUUGGGACUCUUGAUACUAUUACCUGGCCUUUUUUAUGUAUUAGAGCAUGUGUGUAUGUUGUGUGAAUGGAUCAGUAAUGGAUGUUCUCAAUUUAAGGAUAAUGCUGACCAUUCCAGGAAAGGGCCUGGAAUUUUUCCAAAGCGCUUCCCAACUCUUCAACAGAGCUUUGUUGAACACGAGUGUUUGUGAAGAACCGGUCUUAUUUCAGAUAAACUGAAUGUAACUACAGUUUUCAUAAUUACAAUCUACAUGAAACCUUGGGUUAGAUCUGAUUGCUAAUAAACAAAUGGCAUCAUUA